UUCCCUCCAAAACUCCAAAGGCUCUUUUUUGGUUAUCAAUUUUCCUUUUCUCUUUCUUUUGUCUCUUUCUUUCUCUGGCCCUGGUAAAGUCACUUUCCCAGCAGUUUUUCUCGGCUACCAAUCUUCCAUUUUUACCACUCUAAACCCAAAAAUAAUUCUUUGGGUCUCAUCUCUCAGAGCCUAUAUCAAUAUCUAAAGCUUACACGUCUUUGUUCUAAGCAGAUAGAGAGAGAGAGAGAGAGAGAGAGAGAAAAGAGAAAGAAAUGGCGGUCAAUGCCAGAGGACAAACUACACAGCUCCAAAAUCAGAAGAGAUGGAAAGACAGAGCAACCAGUCCCGAGCGGAAUAGAGUUUGGACUGAACCAAAGCUCAAAACUAAUGCAGAGAAAAAAGUACCAGUUGUUUACUAUUUGGCUAGAAAUGGUCAGCUUGAGCACCCUCAUUUCAUGGAGGUCCUGCUUUCCUCCGCUGAAGGACUCUAUCUCAGAGAUGUUAUUAACCGCUUAAAUGAUCUCCGAGGCAAAGGCAUGGCCACCUUGUACUCCUGGUCUUCUAAACGGAGUUACAGAAAUGGAUUCGUGUGGCACGAUUUAUCAGAGAACGAUCUCAUAUGCCCGGCACACGGCCAUGAAUACGUUCUCAAAGGCUCAGAGCUCCUUCUCGACCUGGCAGCGUACGAUCCUAAAGUUCUCGAAUCAGCGUCUUCUCGGUCUCUCCGACCUCCCCCGGAGACUCAAAAUUCCGGCGGAGAUUCAGAUUUUCCCGUGGUUGUACGUCGGCGAAACCAGUCGUGGAGUUCCAUUGACCUCCACGAGUAUAAAGUUUACAAGGCCGAGUCCAUCGGCGAGUCGGCUGGGAAAGCCGCUGCAGACGCGUCGACUCAGACCGACGACAAGAGACGACGUCGGCGGCAAGCUAUUAGGGAAGAGGACGAGACGGCGGCUGAACCGGAGGAGAAAGGUCUCCGGCAAAUGUACGAAAGUCAAAGCACGGAGCUGAGCAGGGAGGAGAUUUCGCCUCCGCCGUCUGAUUCGAGUCCCGAGACGCUGGAGUCUUUGUUGAAAGCUGAUGGACGGCUGAUAUUGGCCGGCAACGGAGUCAACGAGGACGGUUGCCCGAACCGGACGUCCGAGAUUUGCGGGGGUGGUAAGGUGAAGGCCUCGUCGGUUCUGAUGCAAUUGUUAUCGUGCGGUUCGGUCUCGUUCAAGGACUGUGGACCCAAUUUGGUGAAGGAUCAUGGGAUGUCGUUGAUUGGUCACUACAAGGCUAGGCUGCCACGCGGUGCAGGGAAUCCAGUGGAGACUCAUUCGGAACAGUCCAAUUUUUCGAGGGUGAAGUUGGAAGAGAAGGAAUAUUUUAGCGGGAGCCUUGUCGAGACAAAGAAAGUAGAGGUCCCUGCCUUGCAAAGGUCUACUUCUUACAAUGCAGAUCGGAGAUCGAGGUUGGAAUUGGCCGAAGAAGAAGUUGGAGGAGGAGUUCGAGCAAAAUGCAUACCGAGGAAAUCAAGGACAUUGGCAGCCAAGAAAGAGACCAGCAUCACCACCACCGCUUGUGACAAUGGCAGUAGUAGUAGCGAACGAGGCAGCAAAAGAUUUGAGGUUCACGCAUAAAAGUCCUAAAGAUAUGGAAUGGAGAUGUUGAUGUAAAUUGAAGCUGAAAAACAUAGAAGAAAGGGAGAAAAAACAAGUUCAGUUUAAUAUGGUAAAACGAAAAAGGUGAAUGAAAACGAGAAAUUACUUGGCAAAUCUACGCAGUAGUGAUGAAUCACAAGUCACGGCAUAGAAGGGCACGUAAAUUAAGAGGGAACCAACAAAGAAUGUGGCCGCUUAACUUAAGAAUCUUAUAAAGCCCACUUCAUUGUUUGACCGAUUGUACAUUUUAGCUUUGAGUUUUCUAAGUUAGAGGUCUUUCUAGUACUUUUGGUGCCUUGGUGUUUGUGGGGGUGUUGAAUUAUAUUUUUUCUUCUCCUUAAUUUCUGGUGCUUCGGUACUAACUCCUAAAUAGCUUACAAACCUUUUUGACUAUAUGUAAUUGUGACUUAUGAAAUUAACAUGAAAAAUAGAAUUAUGUUCCUAGGUA